AUGAGGGAUCCUCCCCGCUCUGAUCCCUACACAUGGCUGCAGGAGCAUGGCAUUUGUGUGAAGAAAAAACGCUUCCAUUAAUAACUGUUAGGCCAAGACCCCCCCUAAGAACCACUGUCUCACCAUCUUGCUAAAUCAUCAAUAAUGAUUAGUGACACCAAAGAAACCACAAGUACGAUCUUGGAUCACGCCCUAGAGAUCAUCUGCUUGUUGACUGGAGAGGAUUAUAUUGUUGUAAAGAAACCUGUUGAUAAAUCCUUAAACGACGGAAUCUCUGGAGACGUUUUCCGUAAGACUAAAGAUCGUCCAAUCAUUUCACUUGAGCAUAAAGACACCGAAAACAAGACCAUAAGAGACAAAAUUAUUGAUAUUGCAAACAAGAUCAUUUGCCUGUUGACUGGAAAGGUUCCCUUAAAGUUUGAAGAUAUUGCAAUUUAUUUUUCCAUGGAUGAAUUUGAAUAUUUAGAAGAUCACAAAGAUAUUUACAAGGACUUGAUAAUGCCGGAAAAUAAUAUCUGCUGCCCACCAGGGUCCAAUUCAAUUAAUGAGGAAGUCGCUCAUGAAGAUAACCUAAAUGACAACAUCUGUGAAAGCGUCGGCAGCGAUCCCACCGAGCCUCAGUCUCCUCAUUCACAGUCUCUCCCAAAGGUUGAAAGAGUCUUUACGCUGCGCUCUAUAAAGGUUGAGCCUGAAGACCAUUAUGGUGAAGGAUCUCUUGAUUCCUGGAUGGUUCAGGGCGUCAAUGGAGGUGGACUCUGUGGAUCAGACGUUAUGGGUACAGAAUCUUCUCUGCCAGCUCCUGAACCCAAUGGAGCAGAAUUAAAUAACCGCCUCUCCCUGUUUCAUGUUAAACCAGAACCCAGUGAUGAAGACACGCAGGAUUCAGUGAUGUAUGAAUAUAUAGACAAAGACACUUCCCAGCGUCCCGCCUCACCCCAGCAGAGCGAAGACUACGACGUCAGUGCAUCACGCUCUAUUAAAGAGGAGCCGGCAGAGAGUUAUGAUGAGUAUUCUCAAGAGUCGGAAAUGGCCGGAGAUAACAGCAGAGGACAACCACAGUCUGUCUCCUCUUCUGACCCGAUUGUGGAAUACGACGAAAACGCUUGUUACAUCAAAGUGGAGCUAGAUGCAAGUUCUGACGAAGACUCGCAACAGUCUGGGAUGACCGCUAGUUCUGACAGAGCAGGUUUUGGUUUGGAGAAUGAUGAGCAAGAAGACAAUAAUGACCUAGGACAGAUGUGCUUUGAGUGUUCAGAAAAGGCGAAAGUCAAUCCGCAUCUAACAAGCAGCGCAGGUGUUGAAGGAGACCCUUUUACAUGCGUUGUAUGUUUGAAAAGUCUGAUAAAGAUUGAAGAUAUUGAGAAGGAAACAAAAUCUUAUCAAUGUGACAAAUGUGGGAAAAACUUCAAACACAAGUCAAGUCUUUCAAAACAUUCAAAAACUCAUACUAAAGAGAGACCGUAUUCUUGUGCUGUGUGCGGAAAAACGUUCACGUGUAAGACUCAUAUAGUUGCCCACAGAAGAAUUCACACGGGCGAGAGGCCAUAUGCGUGCACGCAAUGUGAUCGUAGAUUUAUAAACCACCAACACCUUGUUUUGCAUCAGGUGGUGCACACCGGAGAAAAGCCAUUUGGAUGCAACGUUUGUGGGCAACGAUUCACCCGUAAAUCCAGUGUCAUUAAACACUCCAGCAUCCACUCCGAGACGAGACCCCAUGUGUGCAAGGUGUGCGGAAAGGGCUACUGCCAGUACGCAAAUUUAGUCGUACACCAAAGAUUACAUACAGGGGAGAAACCUUAUGUCUGCAGUCAUUGUGGGCGAGGAUUUAUAUGCAAGGCUACUAUGCUGAGACACCAAAUGACUCACACCGGAGAGAGGCCGUUUUCAUGUACUGAAUGCGAUAAACGUUUCACAGAUAAUCGGUCUCUUACGAGGCACAAACGUACUCAGCAUACGGAGGAAACCAAAAAUUCCUAGAUUUUGUAUUUUGCAAACAAUUAUAUAUGUCAGGUAGAGUAUUUUAUCUUGGUGAACUAGUCUAGGGCUAUAUAUAUAUAUUUCUUACAAAAAAAAGUCUAUUAGGAUUUAAUUUAAAUUAUAAGGUUUAGGGUCUCUUUAAAUUGUCAUGUUUGCUUUGGGGGUGCAGAAAAAUAAUUAAAAUGGGUAUAGGGCUAAAAUAUAAAUGGAUAUUAAAAUAUUUAAAAAAAAAUAUUUACAAAAAUAAAAAAGUUAAAGCUGUUUAUUUUGAUAUUAAAACUAACAAUAAAUGCAUGUUUUUGCUUAUUGGCUAAGAAGGACGAAUCCCAGGUAACCAUUGGUGGACAGCGACAACCCAGCAAACAUAAACCAAAUGUGUCUUGAUUUUUUUUUAUUUUUUUUUAGCAGAGUAAUAUAAAUUUUUCAUAAACUAAAAAGAGUGCAUUUUAACAGUUUCACACCAUUAGGGUGUUCCAUGCCAUCCUAAGAGCGCUGGGCUUUAACGCCGUUAGGACCGUAUGGAACGUCCUACCUUUUUAUGGCGUCCUGCAGCUUUCUCUUUGAGUAAAUGGAAAAUUGGACUAGGGGGCGUGCCUGGGAUGGCAGGCAGUCCCCCACAAUACUAUGCCGGCCUUCAAAUCAUGUGCAAGUGUUUGCAUCAAAACUUCAUGAUGGGGUUAAAAAUACGGUCUCUUAGGUGCAGCAAAGAAAAAUAUUCUUAGUGUUUUUAAUUAGAGAGCAUUUUGUAAAUAUCUAUAAAAUAAAUAUGGCGAUAAUGGUCUGUUGUGCUCAGGGCUUAAAGGGACUGGAGUAUAUUAAAUUGUUUACAAAUGGCUCCUUCACUUUUAUUUUUUUAUUUGAAAUAGCAUAUUUUGCUUAUUGUAUCCCUGCCUAGUUCUGGUUACAAAAAACAAACGUAAACUAGAAGAUUUAGAUAAAAUAAUGUUUCCAAUAGGUGGCUGUGAAUUUUCAUUUUCUAUUGUUCUCUUGAAAUAUGACCUUUGAGUAAACGGUAAAAAAGUAGAAAAGAAGGUGUUUGGUAAAUAAUCAGAUAAGAUAAGGUGGUCUGCUUUUUCCUGCUAGCGCAUCCGAUUUCAUUGGGAUGUUUCAAUUAGCAGUAACAGUUAUUUCAUAUACAAAAUUAUACCUAAAGGUGCAGUUUCCCAUACUUUUUAAACUCUGCAACUGGUAUAACAAAUCACUGUAUACAUGUUAAAGGGGUAUGAAACCCAAUAUUUUUCUUUCGUGAUUUAAACAGAACAUACAAUUAGUAACUUCUUUUCAAUUUACAUCCAUUAUCAAUUUUGCUUCAUUCUCUUGGUAUCUUUUAUUGAAUAAGCAGCAAUGUACUACAAGGAGCUAAAACACAUUGAUAAGCCAAUCACAAAAGGCAGAUAUGUACAGCCACCAAUCGGUAGCUAGCGCCCAGCUCCUAAGCCUACCUAGGUUUGCUUUUCAACAAUGUAUACCAAGAGAACAAAACAAAUUAGAUAACAGUUUGAUCUAAAUAAUGUAAGAACAUUUCUGGAUUUCAUGUCCCUUUUAAGGAGAAACUCAUUUACAGUAAAGUCCCUUUAAAGGGAGAGUAAACACAUUUGUAACUACAUUUCUGUUGUCUUGACAUAGAAUAACAUAUCAGCCAAGUCUAAACAUUAGUAAAAAAUAAUAAUAAUUAACUGCAAUUACUUUUCAAUAGCCAAAUCUCGCUCACUACUUGCCUCAUUUGCAGGAGCCAAACAGGGCCUUAGUAUGCAGACAGGGCUAGUCAUAAUGUUAGUAUAAAGUAAGUUGUUUCACAGUUGUUAUCAGCUAAAUCCAAUUAGGAACAUGCAUGUAGCAGGGUUAGCCUUGAGACAUCAGCAGGUUACUUUUCAGGUUGUGAGAAUUAGAAAAAUUCUCAGUUUUCAGAGCUGAAUUACAUGUAAAGGGGCAAAAUAAAUAUUUAGGGAUGUGUAUGUAGCAGGGUUAGCCUUGAGACAUCAGCAGGUUACUUUUCAGGUUGUGAGAAUUAGAAAAAUUCUCAGUUUUCAGAGUUGAAUUACAUGAAAAGGGGGCAAAAUAAAUGAUGAAAAUUAUAGUGCAAAGUAGAUUUAUUACACAUAAAUUAACGCUUUCUAUACAAAUCUCAAGGUGUUUACAUCCCUUUUAAUCUGUUUUCAGGGUUAUAUAUAACACACUGCUCAAUAUUGAAAUAGCUAACUUUUUAUUAUUUUACUGUUCAUUUUAUGUUAAUAAAGUUAAGUUUAAAGAA